UAGUUAAUCGACUAAAUGUGCCAAUCUAAUUUUUACUGUUGCAUCACAAUUGUCUUUGGUGAAUAUCCGGUAGCCAUAUUGUUUUAAAAAGUUAUCCUUUUCCGUUUUGUUGUCGUGAAAAUGACGGGCUUUAGCAAUAAGGCCAUAGUGAUCGAUGGCCGUGGCCAUCUGCUCGGCCGCCUGGCCGCAGUCAUUGCUAAGGUCCUGUUGGAAGGUAACAAAGUCGUGGUCGUGCGAUGUGAGCAGAUCAACAUCUCUGGUAACUUCUUCAGGAACAAAUUGAAGUUCAUGUCAUUCCUUCGUAAGAGGUGCAAUGUGAACCCCGCUCGUGGACCUUUCCACUUCAGAGCACCCUCCAAGAUCCUGUGGAAGACUGUCAGAGGCAUGAUUCCACACAAGACUGAGCGUGGAAAAAGCGCGCUGAGAAGGCUCCGUGCGUACGACGGUUGCCCACCGCCAUACGACAACCGCCGUCGCGUGGUUGUGCCUGCCGCUCUCAGAGUCUUCUGCUUGAAGCCUGGCCGCAAGUACUGUCACGUUGGCCGCUUGUCCCACGAAGUCGGCUGGAAAUACCGUGACGUUGUCCGCAAGCUUGAGAACAAGAGGAAGGUUAAGUCUGUCAAAUUGAUGGCCUAUGAGAAGAAGCUGAAGAGGAUCACGAAGGAAUCCGGCGAGAAGGUUGCGAAGACGACAGCGCCGUUCACCGCAGUCAUCCAAUCCUAUGGAUACAAUUAGGAUUAAGAAAAUCUAAAUAUAAUAAACCUUUGGUUGCCCAAAA